CAUCGCCAUGGCACCGGCAAUGCCGGCUGAACGUUUUAAAACAGCGCAUCCCUCGAGCUUCCGGAGCCGGGUCGCGGACUGCACAUGGCCGGCCAACAUUCUUUCAGCCAGCGGCUCUGCGGCCUGAGCAUCGCACUGUUGGCUCUGCAGUGCCUUUGUGUCCUUUGCAAACCGACAGCGAGAGAAGAUGCCGAUUCCAUCUUGGCCCUGUCAAACGGCGUCGUGCCCGAAUAUGUGACUCGAUACGCACCGCUCGUUUGGCUUCACUCGGACGAUCCGUUUCGACCGGCAGACUUGCUCCAACACAUCCGCCAUACGACCCCAACUGUCAACCAAACGGCCAUCCCCGAUCUGCCCGAGCUCGACCUCGACAAUCUCGCCCUCCUCAACGACAUCGGCGGCGGCAAGGUCGCACUGACCUCGAACGACGACAUUACGACGUUGCCUGCAUGGCUGUACGGAUCUAGUCCAGACGACUCCGGCCGGAUCGCAAACGCCACGCCCUGUGUUGUUAUUCUGGUGGAACACAAUCCUCGGAAUGUGGACGCCUUCUUCUUCUACUUUUACUCUUACGAUCGGGGCGCGAAUAUCACACAGGUCCUGGAGCCUCUCAAUCGCUUGAUUGAGGAUACAGAGCAUGGGAUGCACUUUGGAGAUCACGUUGGCGACUGGGAACAUAACAUGGUUCGUUUUCGCGAUGGCAAGCCCAUUGGUAUCUGGUAUAGUCAGCAUGUGAGCGGUGCUGCAUAUGACUGGAACCACAAGGCCCUUUCGAAGGAAGAUGAGCGGCCUCUGGUCUUCAGCGCAUACGGGUCGCACGCGAAUUAUGCUUCGCCUGGCGACCACGUCCAUGAUUCAGCGUUGAUCGACUAUUGCGAUGCCGGGCGGCUCUGGGAUCCCGUUCUCUCGGCGUACUUUUAUCACCUCGACCCUGCUACUUUCAAGUUGACGCAUCUCCUUCAGUCCAAAUCCAAUGCCUCCACAGCAUCAAACUUGACGUCCUUCUUUUACUAUACUGGACUCUGGGGUGACGCGCAAUAUCCGGACAGCGACCCUCGUCAGAAAACCGUCCCGCACUUCGGUCUCAAGCGAUUCGUCUCGGGGCCGCAGGGACCCAUUGUGAAACAACUCGUGCGAAAGAAGCUGUCUCCCGAUCAUCUAGAAAAAAAACCUUGGAUGCAGUGGGCGGUUGUCAUCUUCAUGUCCUUGUACCCAUGCUGCCUGCGCGGAUGGAGAGUUUGGGUCUCGGCAAUCGUGGCCAUUGCACUCGUGAUAUUGGCAGUGCUUGGCGUCAGGUAUGGUGUCAAGUAUGGCAUGAGAAGAUACGUGACGAGGAAAGGAUACAGAAAACUAGACGCGGAGAUUCCGCUCAACGAUAUGAAUGGCAGCGGGGAGAGUUCCGGCUUGCAUACGCCCUCAUAA